CCCCACGUGACCUUGUCUGUAAGAUGGAGGCUGGCUGCUCAACCCCAUGGCGCAGUGCUCUUAUUUUUCACUGAAAUGGCCGGAUUAAGCGAUGUCCGCCAGUCGAGUGUGUUGCGGCGGGCUGUGCGAACAUGUAGUGCAGCGUUCGGUGUUGGAAAAGAGCGGUGAUGACAGUGCUGGAGGAGGAAGUGAAAAUAGCCAUGGCAGUUCAUAUGUUUGAAAUGGUCUGUGAAUCGCCACCUUAAAGACGAUGAGCUCUAGUGCAUACCUCAUCAUGUAUUGACAGAAAAGAUACACUUGCCCAUAACAUGAAACGCAAGCCCAAAUAUUGUGACGGAACAGAGACAGUCUGAAAAAACAAUGGGCCCGUGACUUAGUGGUGGCCUAGCUUGACUGAGGCGGCAGCUCCUCCUCGUGUUGCGGCAAGCUAUAGGAAAGGUGCAGCUCCUGGCAGCCUAUCAUGAACACCACUGGUUGGCUCACAAGGCCGUUGGACCACUUUAGGAUUUGUGGUGCAGGCCGCUCUGAGCUGCCGAGUGCUGCCCUCUGGUGGUGGUGAAGUAUAUCUGUGGCGGCAGCUAAGGUGUGUCACGUUGAGCGGAAAAGAGUGAAAAAAAAGUGAAUUUACGCGUUGAAAAUCAUACUAGAUACCAAGUGUGUGUGUGUGUGUGUGUGUUUUUCUACGUUACCACUCCGCUGAAAGUCAAGUUUUUUGGGGUUUGGUUGGUGUUGAGUGUGAAAGAAGAAAAAAAAAGAAGCAGACGCAGACUGUAAUUGUUGUUAUUGUUGUUGUUGUUUGUGGAAAAUGUCUACUACUUUUAAUAUUUUAAUACGAUAGGAGGAGAAGAGGAGGAAAGAAAAAUUUACGGAACUCGGUGAACCCUGAGAGAGAGAGAAAAAGAGAAAGAAAAUAAUCCCGGUUGUCAAGUCUUUAAGUUGCAUAUAUAUAUAUAAAAAAAAAAUAAAUAAAUAAAAGUCUAUAUUCAAGCCUGUCCGAAGAGAGAGAAGAAAAAAAAGGUUUAUUUGGAAGCGUACCUGCGGAGUGUUACCAUAUCAUUAAUUUCUAAGUCAUUACCUUUAGUUGGUUUGGGGUGGGGCUUGCCGGAAGUCCGCACGGCGAAUACUUAAAAUCACAAGCAAAAGAGAAGAAAAAUACCUGCUCGACCAAAUACCUACAGUGCUUACCAAGGAGGAGGCGCCAUUUCCUAGUCUUCCACUCAAUUCCUGGUGAUCUGAAACGCCGAUUAUAGAAAGAAAAACACCGAAAUUCGUCGCUGUGCUCGGAAGUAUAUCAUUCUCAACCACAGCUGCUGAAACGACACUAAAGCAACCAGCAUCAUCCUCACCGUCGUCAUCUCUGCAUUAUUGUCGCCCCAAGUCAGUCGAUUCCCCGCGGACUCUCAAGAUGAUGCAGAACAAAAGCCGCAACGCCGGUCAUGGCUGCAACAACGAGGACGUGGUCAAGAGCGGAUACCUGAAGAAGCUCAAGGUAAGAUUUCUGUGCUGGCUUUGUCUCGUUCUAAGUCGGACGAUGAAGAAGAAGUUUUUCGUGCUCCGCAAGGACACCGGACCCAACCACCCGGCGCGCCUUGAGUAUUACGACAGUGAGAAGAAGUUCUUAGCAGGAAUUCCACCAAAAAAGCCUAUUAUUCUAAGUACGUGUUUUAGCAUUAACCGCAAGAUGGACCCCAAGCACAGUCACGUCAUCGCGCUCUACACCAACAACGACUCCCUCAGCGUGGCGGCGGAGACCGAGACAGAGAUGAACGAGUGGCUGGGGUUCCUCAACGGCCACAUGAACAAGGCUGUGAGCGGCUCGGAAGGCCAGUCAAGGAAGGUGUAUGAGCAUGUGUGGUUGGUUGCCGUGCAGCCGCGAAGCCUCGGAAGCAGCAAGGGUCUGACUGGGGAGCAUCACAUCUGCCUCACCUACAAGUCCAUCGCGCUGGUCAGGGUCGGGGACUGUUCCAAGAAGAUCGAGUUCCCGCUGAACUGCAUCCGGCGCUGCGGCCACACGGGGUCGUUCUUCUUCCUGGGUCUGGGUCGGUCGGCCGUCACUGGUGCGGGGGACAUCUGGAUGCACACCGAGGAUGCUGUCAUAGCGGAAAACAUGCACAGUAUCAUCAGGAAGGCGAUGCAUGACCCGUGCAACAACAUGAACGAGGACAUUGGCCCCAGAACGCGCACUCACUCAGUCUCAAACAACCGUUCCUUCGAUGGCGGCGGCAACACCAGUACCAGGGAGCGCUGUGGCAGCAUGCCGUCGCGUAGCCGUACCAGCAGCGAAGGCUCAGUUCAGAACGCGCCCAGCAAGCUCCAGGCGGCGAACUGCUCCCACCAGCUGGACGGCCCGCUCUGCCUGCACGUCACGAGGCCCCAGUCAAUGUACUCCCCCUCACUGUCGUCGUCGUGUUCCCCGCCUUUCUAUGUCUUGUUCAGUCCCAGCUCCAGCGAGUCAGUGGAGUCCAACACCUCAGUGGACGAGCUGGACGGGCUGCCGGGGGGACACAACUUCGACAACAACACCGACUUGGGCCUAUGUAGCGUCGAGGAGGACAACUACAUGCAAAUGCAGGGAGGGAGUGUGGAGAGCGGGUCAGGCUUCCACCACCCUCACCCCCACCCUCACCCGCCCUUCUCCCUCCCUAUAAGCAGCUCCCGGGUCAUGGGGGCAUCGCUAAGUACAGGCCUCGUGUCACCAGUGAGUGGGUGUGGCAGCGAGGGCCCAACUUUACAAUCGCCGCAAGAUAACUACCUUGACAUGGCCAGUCCCUCGGAGCGCAAGCACCUUGGACUCCCCGGGCUGUCGUCGGAUCAGAGCUACAUGUGCAUGGAUCGGCAGACUCAAGGGAACCAGGGCUCCGAGAGUUCUGGAUACAUGCCCAUGGCGCCGCUCAACUCCCCCGGCAACGUUCACCCUUCCUGGCCUUCCUACUUAUCUAGUCAGGUUUCCUCUCCACCCGGCUCUGUAAGUCACUCCCGGAUUCCCAGUCUGGUGGAUGAGAACACCGACAACUAUCUCUCAAUGGUGCCCCAGAGCCAUGGUGGAGAGCCCAGUCAUGGCGAGAUCAGUGCCAGGGACCGAACGGAGGCCUACCUGAACAUGACUCCCACUCCUGCGCUUCCCACACCCAUCCCCUACAGCCCCUCGGAAGAGAUGUCCCCGGGCAGCAGCUGUUCCUUCACCUCAGGCACCCCCUCGUCCGACCACCGCUUCCCCGACUUCAUAGUGGAUAAAACCGGCAGUGGCUCCUAUUACGGCUGCUCAGAAGACGACGACUCCUCACUAGACAGGCCGAUAAGAACCAAUUCCGUGGGCUCUAAACCCGAGCAGUACCGAAGCCGUAAAAACAGACUGGAGGUGAGCCCAGCCGAACCUGCCCGUGUUCGAGCCUUCUCUGUGGGGUCACGAGUCAGCCUCAGGCUCGGGGGUGGCAGAGCUGGCCAGGUGACAAGUGGCACCAUAGGAGCCACGUCUGCUUCCAUCACCGAAUUUUCUCCUUCUAUUAAGGAGAAGGGCAAACAAGUUAAAAGCAAAUCCACAAGUGCCCCAAUCUUAGGGUCGUCGCCAAUCUCCAACUCCUGGUCUGGGACUCCUGGGACCUUCUUCAGGGGGUUCCUGCAGGCCCAGAGUCAGGAACGCAAUGAAGACCUCAUGGAGUUCGACUUCACCAAGAACAAAAGCUGCGACAGCAUAUCCGCCGAGAAGGAGAAGAAGAGCAGCAGCUUUGAGAGCAUCAAGAGGACGCUGACGGGACAGAGGCAUCGCUCCAACUCUAAAUCCUCAGGGAAUGGCAAGUCGUCUAUGUUUGACUCCAUAAAGCGGGACAAGAAAAAGUCAGAGAGUGAGUUGUCUAACAAGAGCAUCGACCUGUCGGAGAGGAAUCGCCUUCGUGAGGUUGACAUCAAUCCAAGUCCUCUUCGGAAGACCUCAGAGUCCCACGAAGGCUACCUCCCCAUGAAGCCCGCCAUCCUCUCCCAGUCACUGUGUACCUCAGAGUAUGUCGACAUGAGUAGUAGAGAGUCCUUGAAUCAUCAUUUUCCGGAACGCUACUUGAACAUGUCGGUCGGGGGCGAUAGGUUAGCUUGGCCUUCAGGGACACACGAGGACUAUGUAGAUAUGAGUCAAGGCAAGGGGUUGGGUCUACAUACCAUCCCUUCAGUCUCUUCGUCCUCUGUGAACUCAAACAGUUCAUCUUCUGCUGGUGCUAGAGUCAGAAAGAUUUCGUCCACUAUAAAUCCGAUGUCUUCCCAAGACAGUUCUCAACUGGACGAGUACAUGACUGUAGACCUUCGUAGUAACGCCGACUCUUCCUCUCAUUCCCACGACGGAGACAAAAGUAGGAAAAAGGACAAGAAAAGUAUGAAGAGAAAGUCAUUCAAGGAUAGUAGCAAGAAGAAAAAGUCUGACCCCAUCAGUGUCACGGGAAGGGGCGGUGACGCUGAGGGAAGUCACGAGGUCACCAAGAAAGGCACGAGCCCAUUGCAGUCUAUCACCACCUUCUGGGGUCGGAAAAACUCCUCGGGCACCACUCCCCCCAAGACCCCGCUCUCCCCCACCGGCAGCCCUUUGCCCAAGCCAAGUCGAGGCACACCUAGUCCGUUUUCAAGUCUCACUCGGAGUAAGAAUCGCGACGACAGAGACAGUCGUAAAGAGUCCGCGAGUAAGGAGAGUGUUGGGGGCAUGACCUCCAGCGUUAGCUCAGUCAUCGGCACGAGUUGCAUCGAAGAGUCAAGUCGAGAAGCUGAGGAGAGUGCCAUAUUAGGUGAUGGCUCAGGCAUCACCUCUUCCUCACAACCAGUUCCUAAUAUUACCGAACCAAUGAGUACGCAAAGAGAAGCUGCCAGCAGCAGUGGUUCCAAGAGGUCGUCAGGGAUAUUCGAAACACCUCACGCGGACGCCAUGGAGGAGAGUCAGUCAGCAUCCGCCACAGAGUCACCCAGACCGACCACCGGAAGUGUUAGUCAACCGCCAACUUCCAGCGGCAGCGAUCAAGGGGCGUACGUGAACCUGACUCCCGCCACAUGUGAGAAGAGCCUCCUAGUGGACAGUAGACAACGAAAGCUAUCCGACAUCCCCGCCUCGUCAGAUUACAUGAAUAUAUCCCCAUUGGGUUCGAGUAAACCUCCCGAGAGCGACCCACCACAGUCCAGGGAGUAUAUGAACAUGUGUCCUGGGAGCCUUCCAGAGCUUACCCCAGCCCCUACCACUCCAACACCUCCCCAGCCUCUUCCUGCCCCCAGUGAGUCAUCCACCGCAGCAAAGAGUGAUGACGCAGAGAAGAGUGACAAGGGAGAUAAAGACACGCAAAGCACAGCAGGAGCGACUGUCUCAAGGCUGCAGACGCUAAAGGACGUGAAAGGGUUAAGUGUGAGCUGUGCGGGGCAGUCAGAGGGUGGCAACGAAGAGAGCGGGUACCUGCUCAUGACCCCCGGACAGCCCUCGCCCAAGCCUCUCUCCCCCCAGACUGUUACCCACCGGCCAGACAUUCCUGUGACUCUUCUUGACCACUCAAACCCAAGCCUCACCGCCACGCUUGAAAGACUUAAUCUAAACAACUCAGGAGCAAACAAUGGCACUGAGCGAUGCCGGAGCCACAGCGGUCCGGGAGCCCCCGAGGGAAGUGCAGUCAGUAGUGAGGUGCGUGUCAAGAAGCAGUUGUCGGAGCCCCGGGCCGGCUCAAGCAGCACAGGGAACAGUGAGAGGGCAGCGUCGGCCUGCUCCUCACCCGUGUCAUACUCACCGCCCACCUCACCAACGCUGGGCGGCUCUGUGUCCUCUGUGUCGUCCCUGAGUGAAGGGGGGUUGUCGUCGGCGUCCUCCACGUGUACGGUGGUCAACGUGGGCGUGGCACGGAGGGAGGCGGCGGCGGCAGGGGGGGCGGGCAGAGUUACCGACACACAGGCAGACUCAACAGUGCAUUCCACUGCUGCUGCUGCAUCCAGUCAGCAGUCCCUAAGUGCUGUUGGUGGUGGUAGUAAAGACAGUGGGCUGAAUUAUGUGUCAUUGGACCUUGGUCCCUCUAAGACUGUGGGUUUGCGGCCCUCCCCGCGAACUGCCCGCCGUUCCAUCAGUGGGACCCCCGCCCCAAGCACGGCCACUCAGGAGCCAGUAGCGGAAGACGACGAUGAACCUCUCAGUUAUGCUCAAAUAGAUUUCACGAAGAGCGAAGGUUUGCGAACCACCUCGCUCUCCCGUGACCAUCGACACUAACACGUUCUCCUUCCUGUACAGUAGGUCAGAGUGAUUCUUUUCCUAUCCUCCUGGGUACAUCAAGUUUGUAUAUUGUGGCUGAUAAGCUCACAUUAAAUGUUAUUGACCUGUGAAGUUGUCUUCAGUGUACACACUGAUUUAAAAGUUUCUAUACAUUUUUCAACGAUAAAAAGAUGGAAAGAUUGAUUAUUUAGUUUUUGUAGGGCCUCACUUUUGAGUAAUUUGAAUGAUUAUAUGAAAUUGUUACUUUUGUUUCCUUAAUAAGUGUCAAUUUGUUCAGUGCAGCUGGUGCAUAUUUAGUCAUUAUUCUCUUAUUUGGUGUUCACUGUGGCUGGUUCACACAAUUAUGCUGUCUGUCAAAACCAUCCUUGGGAGGAGUCUUGGGGGAGUACAUUCCAGUGAUGAUGUGAUUCAUUGGCACUCUGUUGAUGUUGUGGAGGGCAUCUGCCGCUCCUCGCUGCCUGUCUGUCACUCCGACCUAGGACGAGGGAGCCUAAGAAUAAGAAUAAGCUUCAAGAUGUUCGGUUUAUGUUCUGUCACGAGGAUGGCAAUUACAAUUUUCCAAAACAGUUACCAUAGAAUGUGUCCCUAUAUAUAUUUAUUAGUGUAUCAUAAAAAUUAUCACUUUAAUUCCUAUGACGACUAUUCAUAUGUAAAGUAAUACGUUUACGAAUACCACAAAACAAGACUUGCAUUGUGUUAAGGUGACAUUUGUUGAGGCAGCGUCACGUAACAUAUCUCGGUGAUUUUUUCCCUUUGAAUAACAUCUAAGCGUUACAUUAUCUAGACAAUUUACUUCCUUGUUUUUAUCUUCUUGUUACUUUUGUUCUAAGAUGCCGGCAUUAGGCAGUGAGCAUUUAUUUGUGCAUUCAAGAGAGGAUAUAAAUUUAAUUGGAGAGAAAUUAUACAAAUCAUUAUUUCAAUAGUAAUAGUUGUGUUUCAUGUACUGCUCUCAGGCAGUGGUGUUGAAGCAGGCUGUUCAGUCAGACCUAGCCGGGAUCAUGACGUUGUAAAAGUAUAGGAAUGUAUUAAUUUCAGUUCUUUUAAUCAUCACUCGAGGCACGUAUCCUCCUGCUAUCAUCAUGUUUGUGUCUGGUUAAUGAAUAAGGAAAUUGAAUCCGAAGAUGUUCAUUCGGAAAACUCAUGAGAUCAAUAACUUUGUAUUUGCAUCAGUAGAACCAUGAAACUAAAUGUGAAGGUCAGGUCAACAAGUCUUAUGGUGGAUUGGCUUGGCCUGCGGUGUUAUGGACUCAAUCAGUGUAUGGCGUUGUUGAUACCUAUGCAGAAGGACAAGGAUUCAGAUCUUCAAGUCGCUUGUGCUCACAGUUUUACUUUAUGGCAGUGUGACAUUUCAAGAAGGGAAAGACUCAGAUGGUUUGGACAUGUAAAGAGAGCAGGUGAGGAUACAGUGCUGGGAGUUGUGGAGAGAUUAGAGGUAGAAGAAAGGAGACCAGUUGGUAGACCUUGGAAAAUGUGGAGAAGGUGUAUACAGGAAGACUUGGCAUUGAUGGGAUUGGAUGAACAUCAGGCAGAAGAAAGAGUAGAAUGGAGGAGAGCCAUAAAGCGUCCAACCUCUCGGCAAGAGUGAAAAUGGAUGUUAAACAAAAUUAUGAUGAUGAUUAUUAUUGUAUUUUUUUUGAUGAACUAGUGACUUGAAGAAGCAAAUAGAUAUCUUUGGUCCUUUGGUAAUAAGUGCCUUUGCAGAAUCAUGGCGUACUGCUGGUAUGUCAAAUCAGUGACUACUCCAUGUGGCUGAAACGAGACCUAUUACCUGCAUAGUCCAAGAACUCCAACGCUGGCUAUGUGGUCAUGUUGCAUGUUACCAAAACUCAACCUUGCUCAUUGGGUUGUAUCCGUAAGAGACAAUCCUGUGUGGAGGAGGCCAAAGGGGCUUAAGGAAGUUGAUGGAUCUUGCCAUAUGUUAGUUCGAGAAGGGGGCUGCUUGGAGACUUGCUCAGGGAACUCAUGGCAACAGGGUCGUAGGGUGGGUGAGGCAUGGUGCCCCUCAAUGUAAGCUCCCAUUGAUUGAUUGAUUGCUAUAUGAGAUGUGUUUGGCCAAGGCAGCUGAGAAAUUGAAUAUGUAUGCAAGAUCCUCAGUUUAGCUAAAGAGGGAGCAAUGUUCCAUCAAAGAAAAGUUUUGUUGCAUUCUUUAUAGUGAGAAAGUCUAUGCUGUGUAAGUAAUUCGAGACCUUCCUGUGUAAUUUGGGUAAGGCAGCUAAGAAAUUGAAUAUGUAUGCAAGAUCCUCAGUUUAGCUAAAGAGGGAGCAACGUUCCAUCAAAGAAAGGUUUUGUUGCAUUCUUUAUAGUGAGAAAGUCUAUGCUGUGUAAGUAAUUCGAGACCUUCCUGUGUAAUUUGGAUAAGGCAGCUAAGAAAUUGAAUAUGUAUGCAAGAUCCUCAGUUUAGCUAAAGAGGGAGCAAUGUUCCAUCAAAGAAAGGUUUUGUUGCAUUCUUUAUAGUGAGGAAGUCUAUGCUGUGUAAGUAAUUCGAGAAUUUCCUGUGUAAUUUGGAUAAGGCAGCUAAGAAAUUGAAUAUGUAUGCAAGAUCCUCAGUUUAGCUAAAGAGGGAGCAACGUUCCAUCAAAGAAAGGUUUUGUUGCAUUCUUUAUAGUGAGAAAGUCUAUGCUGUGUAAGUAAUUUGAGACCUUCCUGUGUAAUAUGGGUAAGGCAGCUAAGAAAUUGAAUAUGUAUGCAAGAUCCUCAGUUUAGCUAAAGAGGGAGCAACGUUCCAUCAAAGAAAGGUUUUGUUGCAUUCUUUAUAGUGAGAAAGUUUAUGCUGUGUAAGUAAUUUGAGAUUUUCCUUUGUAUUUUGAAUAAGGCAGCUAAGAAAUAAAAUAUGUAUGCAAGAUCCUCAGUGUAGCUAAAGAAAAAAGAGAGCAGCUUCCAUCAAAGAAAGGUUUGUGACAUCAUUCAUUAUUGUGAGAACGUUGAUGCUGUAUUAAUUUGAGACCUUCCUUUGUAUUUCGGCCGAGGCAGCUAAGAAAUAAAACAUGCAAAAUCCUCAGGUUAGCUAAAGAUGGAGUAACGUUCCAUCAAAGAAAGGUUUUGCUACAUCAUUCUUUACUGUGAGAAAGUCUAUGCUGUGUAAAGUAAUUUGAGACUUUCCUUUGUCCAUUUUAACUUGGUGAUUCUAAAGUUGUGAUGCAAAAGUGUGUACCACCAUGAGUACCUGUCAAGGUUUGCCAGGAAAAUCACAUCACUGGAAUACCUGACCCAGAUCCAUGUUUAUCAAUGUUCUAAAAUUUAUGAGUGAAGACCAUCAAUAUUUUUUGUGCAUGAGGUUUCCACUAGACUUGAUGAAUUGUUGUGUCGUUUAAGGAUGUGUUGGAUCCUCCUUCGGGUUCUGUUGAGUACUGGAUAGCAUUGCACUGUCCUCACGGCUGGCAUCUUCAACCUUCCUAUUUCCGAGUCAGUUGUUUUGUGAUACCCAGUGGCAUCAGUCUAUGGCAUUUAAGUCCAGUUUUCAAAUACUGUUAUAUUUUGUUAUUAUGAACCAUAUGAAUACUACCAAUUCCCUGUUAAGCUAUAGUUCUGUGUACACAUGUACUCUGAGGAAGUUGUAUUAUGUACAGUAUUUAUUUAUCAUAUUGUAUAGUUACAAUUAAGUAAACAUGAUCUACAGAAUGUUCCAUUUAUCUUGAGACCAUUGACACUAAUUAGUAAGAGACUCGUAAAUUAUUUUAUUUAUUGAUUCAUUUUGUGUUUAUAUAUAUUUAUGUUUUGGUUGAAUAAGUGAAUACAGCUACUCAUGAUAUGGCAGCAAAAUCAUUCUCGAAGUUAAAUUUUACUUGAUGAAAUUUUUAAAUGCUUACAAACAGACAAGCUUGUUGCUUAGUCAAUGAUGAAAUACAUUGACCACACACACUCCAGAGCACAUCAGGUCAUUUCAUUUGGAGACACAAGGACAGAAUAAAGUGCAGCAGUAUUUACUUAUGGCUGACAAGGGAGAACAUUGAUUUUGUUUAUUUAUCGUCCUCACGGCAUCGGGCCGCCAGAUCAAUACUCAGCAGCAUGACGGAGCAGCUCGGCCGACACUUUCUCAUGUGAUCAUGCAGAGAGUCCUGUGAGAGCAUCAAUCUGUUGCCUUGAAAUAUGCAUGAUGUACAUAUAGCCGUGUAUUUUCCAAGUUAAUCGUCGUCGGAACCGCCAUGGUUUGGACAACUCCUGAAGUUCCUCAAGUUAUUAACCCUUUGCAGAACUACGACUCAAUAUGAAGCAGUGUGGGGGGGUUGGAGGGUGUAUCCUUGCCAACCACAGCCCUGCCAUACCCUGGAAUUAUGACAGUGAGGGUCGAAAGCAUGAAAAAGUCUUCUAUCUUCAUAUAGGAAAUCAUACAUACAUUCAUUAUACAGAUGUCAUUCAGAUUCCCAUUAUUGAUUAUUGAUUUCCAGUUCAAUAUAAUCAGUGUAUGUCAGUGUGAUUAUUAGCCUUUUUUUAUCCAUCAGACCUUACUCCAGUCCCUCCCUUACUAAGAGAUGUCAUCUAUCACCAACUCAAAACCAAUGGCAGCUUUUAAAUUCUUACCUUGGUUGAAUUCCUUAUACUUUACUUCAUGUACUUUUUUCUUGGGAUAUUUGCACCAUAUUAAUGAAUUAAUUAAUAUGCCAGAUAUAGUCAUUAACCCAUAAAUGUGGCUCAUGGAAAACUCUUUGGGAAUAAGGAACUAAUAGGAAUUGACAGGAAAAGACAGCUUGUGUUGUAUGGGCAUGUACAUUGAAGGAAUGAAAAAAAUGCAUUAUUUAGAACUUGUAAUAGUGAAAAAAAAGCAUUACAGUCAUCCCUCAAAUAGCACGGUUUCCAAUAGUUCAGUUUCAGUUUUAUACAGAUUGUCGUAGAAGAUCUUUUAGGAUUUUAAAAUUUCCUGCUCAUCGAGAAAAUUUAAAAAUCCUAAAAAAUCUUCUUAGAAAAUCCACAUAAAACCAAAACCAAACUAUUGAAAGCCGUACUAUUUGAGGGACAACUGUAUUUAGAACUCGUAAUGGUGAAAAACAGCAUUAUUUAGAACUCGUAAUGGUGAAAAAAAGCAUUAUUUAGAACUUGUAAUGGUGAAAAAAAGCAUUAUUUAGAACUUGUAAUGGUGGAAAAAAGCAUUAUUUAGAACUUGUAAUGGUGAAAAAAGCAUUAUUUAGAACUUGUAAUGGUGGAAAAAAGCAUUAUUUAGAACUCAUAAUGGUGAAAAAAAGCAUUAUUUAGAACUCGUAAUGGCGAGCUGUGGCAUUUUCGUACGUCCUUAUUUCAGAGGCAGCUGCGAGAGACUUUGAGCAGUCGGUGUGUUCAUGAAAAAGGGAAUUAUUUAGAACUCGUAAUUGUGGCAAGGUGGCAUUUUUGUGCGCCCUUAUUUCAGAGGUGAGAAACUUUUGAUCAGUCAGUGUGUACAUGAAAAAGGGAAUUAUUUAGAACUUGUAAUUGUGGCAAGGUGGCAUUUUUGUACGGCUUAUUUCAGAGGCGAGAAACUUUCGAGCAAUCAAUAUGUUCAUGAAAAAGGGAAUUAUUUAGAACUUAUAAUUGUGGCAAGGUGGCAUUUUUGUACGGCUUAUUUCAGAGGCGAGAAUCUUUCGAGCAAUCAAUAUGUUCAUGGAAAAGGGAAUUAUUAAGAACUCGUAAUUGUGGCAAGGUGGCAUUUUUGUACGGCUUAUUUCAGAGGCGAGAAUCUUUCGAGCAAUCAAUAUGUUCAUGGAAAAGGGAAUUAUUAAGAACUCGUAAUUGUGGCAAGGUGGCAUUUUUGUACGCCUUAUUUCAGAGGCGAGAAACUUUUGAGCAGUCAAUAUGUUCAUGGAAAAGGGAAUUAUUUAGAACUCGUAAUUGUGGCAAGGUGGCAUUUUUGUACGCCUUAUUUCAGAGGCGAGAAACUUUUGAGCAGUCAAUAUGUUCAUGGAAAAGGGAAUUAUUUAGAACUCGUAAUUGUGGCAAGGUGGCAUUUUCGUAUGGCCUUAUUUCAGAGGCGAGAAACUUUUGAGCAGUCAGUGUGUUCGUCACAAGUCAAUCUUCUACCUGCAUGUUAUACCACAGUACACAAGCUUCUUGCAGCCGAGCAGCCUACUAAAGAUUCAUGUCAUUAUUAUAUGGCCUUUUUUUUCACUCUGUCCUAUUGUACAUGUCUCUCUCCCUCUCUCGCUUCCUACACCCACGCAAAUCAAAACUGUAAAUGAUUUAUAACAUUAAGUAACUAAGUAAAAGAUGUGAAGA